GGUUACUUACCCAUUUGCCAAUUUUCGCGGUAAUUUUGCAUCAGUCGCCAGACAAAGAAAAUUUAAAUCGAUUUUUUACGUGUUACCAACUAAUUAUUUACCUCAAUCAACAUGCCAUCUGAAACAUCCACAAUCCUCCGCUUCGCCAAAUUGUCCGAGCAUGCCUUCGCUCCCGUCAAAGGCAGUGCCAAAGCAGCCGGAUUCGAUCUCAAGAGUGCUUAUGACAUGGUUGUUCCUGCACGUGGCAAGGCCAUCGUCAAAACCGACAUCCAAAUUGAGCUGCCCGAAGGUUGUUACGGUCGAAUUGCCCCACGUUCCGGCUUGGCAGCGAAAAAUCACAUCGAUAUCGGAGCCGGCGUCGUCGACGAAGAUUAUCGCGGAAACUUGGGAGUUGUCAUGUUCAAUCAUGCCGACGUCGAUUUCCAAGUUAACAAAGGAGACCGUAUCGCGCAAUUGAUUUGCGAACGUAUCUUCUAUCCGGAACUCGUUGAAGCCAAAACUUUGAGCGACACUGAACGCGGAAGUGGCGGCUUUGGAUCCACUGGAACUCAAUAAUUGUUUUUUUUUUGUAUCUCAUGAUUUUUUUGUACUAAGUAUUAUUUCCUUAAAAAUUAGAACAUAAGCAUACUUGCCUUAGCUAUCAAGUUUCAUUCCAACGUCAAGUUGUCACCAAAAAAUGUUAAGAAAACGACAAAUAAAACAGUCUCAAGGAGACACCAUUUAAUGUAUUGAUACAA